AUUUUCUAUAUAUCACAACCAACAAUGGCACACCAGUAUUCACUUUCUCUUUUACAGGUUUGAAGUUUCUUCUCCAUUUUUGUUUUCUAUUAAUUUGUACGAUUUGGUAUUUUCCAAGUGAAAUUUGUUUUCUUCUUGCAGUUAUUUAAGCAUUCCCAUGGCUCGCCCUACCGAUUCUAUGAAGGACAUCGAAGGAUUUGUGGAAGAUUGCAGUUAGUUGUAAGCAUAUAUGGUCUGUAACAAGUUCUUCCAACAAAGAACGUUUUAGUUGAUUCGAAGGUGGUAUUUUAUUCCCAAAUUCUAUUGUUUUUGUCUUACACACUGUGUUCUGCCUUAUUUCUAACAAAUAUUAUUUCUGUUUUUUUAAGCAUGAUAUGAUUCAAGCGAUUGUACCUACUUAUUUGGUUUUCAAAUUCAAGUCCGAACUAUCAGCUGGAAGUUCUUAUAUCAUGCAGAAUUUCAAAGUUUCGAAAAAUGACUUCUCUUUUAAGUCGACGAAUCAUUCUUACAAAUUGGUUUUAUGUGGAUCAACUUCUGUUAAGAAAUCAGACCUUCCUGACCUUCCUGCUUAUUACCUUAACCUUCUUGGAUGGGAUGCCAUAGUUGAAGGAAGGUUUCAGUCUAAUGUUUUGGUUGAUAUCCUUGGAGGUAUUAUUGAGAUUUCUCAAUCUCAAAUAAAUGGUGACAAUCUCAAAUAAAUGGCGACAACAACAAGAACAGAGUUGUUUUUACCAUUGUUGUUUUUGUAUGCAUGUACUGCCGACUCAGGCUCCACCAUUCUUGAUGAUCAGGUAGGAAGAGCUUUUGUUGCGGCAAACUGUAAGGCUUCCUUCUAUAAGGAAGCCUUGUAUGUGAGAGGUGCACACAUAUGCUUGAAUGGAUCAUCCUUUUUUAUGUGAAAGGUGCACACAUAUGCUUGAAUGUAUCAUCCUUCUUUCAUGUGAGAGGUGCACACAUAUGCUUGAAUGGAUCAUCCUUCUUUUAUGUGAGAGGUGCACACAUAUGCUUGAAUGGAUCAUUUUUCAAAUAUAUGGUCUUUAAACACUUAUCUCUUUCUUUUAAUUAGUUGGUAUUGGAAGUUACAAUAAUUGUUUCCCAAUAAUCCUUCAUUGUACAAAAUAUAUUUAAU